UGACUCUUCUCCGUCAACCUUUCAUUCUGAUUUUCCAAUUUCUUCUCGGAGACCGUUUUGGAGAUUAUUUGGACCAGCAUCUUCUAGAUCUUAGUUUGAAGAAUGGUGUGGAAGUAGUAGAUUGCAUAUGGAAAUAGAAUUUCUUCUCCUCCGUUUUGCUUUUUCCCUUUUUCAAUUCAAUGACCAUUCAAAGCCGCUGUAAAGGGUGUUUUCUCCGCCUGUUCUCAUGAACCAGGAGGAUUUCUCCUCCCACCGCGCCUUUUCCGCGCGUGACGUUUCAACAAGAAUAUUUAUCAAAUAGAAAAUAUAAAAAAUUGGAGUUUCAUUUUUCAAGAGACAUAAAAAAAAAGGAAAAUCAUGAAAAAUAGUAAAGAAUUUAUUUUAGUUAAAAAAAACAUGAAAAAUAAUUUUUAAGAAAAUAAAGAGAAUAAAAUAGAUGAAUAAAUAUAGAUAAGAUGUUUUAAAAAGUAAUAUUGAAUUAAUAUGAUGCGUAAAAUUAUAAUUAUAAUUUGAAGAUAGGAAGGAUUUUUCCAUUUAAGAUGAUAGAACAUAUGAAAUUACCUUAUAUAUUUUAAUUUUUUUUGAAAUUUAAAUUAUUAUUUUUAAAAAUAUAUAUAAUCCAUUGGGUUUUUUUCUUUUUUCUUUUAAACAGAAAAUGAUUUAAGAAAAAAAAAAAAGAGUUGACCCAAAACCAAACUCAUGAUAAUUCAAAAUUGAAAACAAUUGAAAUAGAAUUUGUUGAGUGCUACGCAGAUUACUAAUAUUCCACUGCCUCCGGCAGACGCGUGGCGUGGAUCUAUGAAUCCAAUCAAAAGAAAUAUCGAAUAUCAUCAGAAAUUGUCUUCAAACGAGAGGAGCGCCAACCAGCCUCCAGCCUUGCUGCUCUUCUGCCUAUAAAGAUUUCUAAAUCAUUCCUUUCCCACUCGAUCAUCGUCUUCAAUUCUUCCAUCAACGCCCAUCUCUGCGAUUUCCGACCUUUUAAUUUGUUCAAUAGUUUUCCUGAGAAGCUAGAGUGUCUGAGAUGGCUCCCAAGGAUGAUAAGAAGCAAGGCGGUGGAUUCUUGGCCUCCAUCGUUUCGAGCUUUGCGAAUUUGGGCAAUGUUGUCAAUGGUUUGAUGGGUUACGAAGGGCUGGAAGUAGUAAACCCCGAAGGAGGCACUGAAGAUGCUGAAGCGGAAGCCCAGAGAGGAAGGUGGAGACAGGAGGACCGGGACAGUUACUGGAAGAUGAUGCACAAGUAUAUAGGCUCUGAUGUCACAUCAAUGGUGACACUUCCUGUUAUGAUUUUUGAGCCGUUGACUAUACUGCAGAGAAUGGCAGAGUUGAUGGAAUACUCCCACUUGUUAGACCUGGCAGAUGAAUGCGAGGAUCCCUACCUGCGAUUGGUGUAUACUUCAUCAUGGGCUAUAUCAAUGUAUUACGCCUGUCAACGUACCUGGAAGCCUUUUAAUCCAAUUCUUGGUGAGACUUAUGAAUUGACCAAUCAUGGUGGCAUUAAAUUUAUAGCAGAGCAGAUUAGUCAUCACCCUCCAAUCAGUGCUGCACAUGCUGAAAAUGAGCAUUUCGCUUAUGAUAUCACAUCAAAGUUGAAGACCAAAUUUUUAGGAAACUCGCUUGACGUUUAUCCUCUCGGAAGGACACGUGUGACGCUCAAAAGAGAUGGUGUAGUCCUAGAUUUGGUGCCCCCUGCUACAAAAGUUAACAACCUCAUAUUUGGACGUACUUGGGUUGAUUCACCAGGGGAGAUGAUCAUGACAAACUUGACCACUGGGGACAAAGUCGUAUUAUAUUUUCAACCAUGUGGCUGGUUCGGAGCUGGUCGUUAUGAAGUGGAUGGAUAUGUAUAUAAUGCUGCUGAGGAACCCAAAAUUUUGAUAACUGGGAAAUGGAAUGAGUCAAUGAAUUAUCAACCUUGUGACUUGGAAGGAGAGCCCCUUCCUGGCAGUGAACAAAAGGAGGUUUGGAAAGUUGCUGAUGUUCCGGAAAAUGAUAAAUUCCAGUUCACAUAUUUUGCACACAAGAUAAACAGCUUUGAAACUGCUCCCAGGAAGUUGUUGGCAUCAGAUUCUCGUUUGCGUCCUGAUAGAUAUGCACUUGAGAAGGGUGAUCUAUCCAAAUCUAGUUCUGAAAAGAGCAGACUGGAGGAGAAGCAGAGAGCUGAAAAGAGAAACCGAGAGGCUCAAGGCCAUCAAUUUACUCCUAGAUGGUUUGACAUAACCAGUGAGAUUUCUCCAACGCCUUGGGGUGACUUGGAAGUAUGUCGCUACAAUGGAAAAUACUCUGAAUAUCGAGCUUCUGUAGAUAGCUCAGACAGCAUUGAAGAAGUCGAUGUCAGCUCAACAGAGUUCAACCCCUGGCAGUAAAUUCGGUUUCUGAAUAAGGCAUAUCACAUAUGUUUAUACAUUUAUAUGCUUUCUCUUAAUCAUUGUGGCAUUGUACUCUGUUAUUUUGUUAGCUUUACAUAUAAUUUUAUGUACACAAAUUUUUGCCCUUUUAUUGCUUUUAUCAGAUCCAGUAUUGGAGUUAAAAUUUAA